AUGGCUGAACAGGCUCUCUUCUCUGCCCAAUACCUGUCCCCCGAGGUGCAGGCCGCGCUGCCCGAAGGUUACAAGCUGCGCGCUCUUCGUCGGAACGAUUUCGACGCCGGCUUCCUUGACUGCCUGCGGGUUCUAACCACAGUCGGCGAGGUCUCCAAGGAGAAGUGGGAGGAGCGCUACGACUGGAUCGCGAGGCAAGACGGCACCUACUUCAUCCUCGUCAUCGAGGACACCACCGCCAGUCCACCAAGGAUCGUCGGCACCGGUGGUUUGUUGGCGGAGCGCAAGUUCAUCCAUAACCUCGGCGCCGUUGGCCAUAUCGAGGACAUCGCCGUCGCCAAGGAUCAGCAGGGCAAGAAGUUGGGUCUGCGCCUCAUCCAGGCGCUCGACUACAUUGCCAAGGAAGUCGGAUGUUAUAAGACAAUACUCGAUUGCAGCGAAGCCAACGAGGGUUUCUACGUCAAGUGCGGCUUUAGGAGGGCCGGUCUGGAGAUGGCUCACUACCACGAGGGCCCCAAGAGUAACAACGCCCAAUAG